UUCUGAGAUACCACUACCACACCAGAGAAAAAAUUCUGAGUGGCUCAAACCAACGAACGGUCUGAAGCCUCUCUCUCUCUCUCGCUUGUCUGGACCGGAGUUUCGGUAAAUGCGUGCAAAAGGUGGAUAACCAGUAUCUGUAGAAGAAUCAGAAGUGGGAGCUAUGACUGUGACUGUGGUUUCCUCGUGUAAUCCAUGUUUAGUUCGUCAUCCUGGACUACAGAAUCAAUGGUAUGCCAAGACAUUCCUCGGUGCUGGACAGAAUAUCCAGGAUUUUAUUUGUUCUACUAGAAACCAAAUCCAACAUGAUUAUCGGGAGAAGAAGUUAACCCGAGUAUUUGCUGUCACGGAAGGUUCUACUGAGUCGAGCAAGUCUGAAGAGACUCUUCCAUCUUGGGCUCGACCAGAUGCAGAUGAGCCUCCUCCAUGGGCUCGGAAUGAGGGAGCACAGAAUGCGCCUCAACAGGGCUUUGAAGUGCCCUUCUUUGUUUACUUAUUAGCCUCUGCAGUGACAGCAAUUGCUGCAGUAGGGUCUAUAUUCGAGUACAUCAACCAGAGGCCUGUUUUUGGAGUUUUGAAUUCGGACAGCAUCUUUUAUGCCCCAUUGCUCGGCUUCUUUGCAUUCACUGGCAUCCCCACCUCGGCAUUUCUGUGGUUCAAAUCAGUUCAAGUAGCAAACAAGGAAGCCGAGGAACAAGACCGGAGGGAUGGCUUUUUGUAGAGUCAGGUGCAUUGCAUAAAUUUCUGUGUAGAAUGAGGAUUCUUGAUGGAAUAUGGUUGCGACUAGAUAGGUCCAAAGGCCAUGUUUCUGCCAAUCAGUUUUGCAAGGCACAGAAUGUUAAAUUGUAAAUGAUACUUAUGUGCAAAUUUCAUGCUAUCGUCGUACAAUUUCAGACA